GGCAACCAAUGAGGUGAAUUCUUUUGACGGUUUUUGUUUUCUUGUAGCAUGUUGACAUUCAACAUGGCGGCAUGUCGUCAGUGCUGUGCUGUGUCGUGCUUGUGUAACUAACAACCUCAAAAUUUAGCAUAGAAAAUUCGAAGUAACCAGUAUCCUGCGCAACCACUGGCCUUGAUAAAAAUUAUGAGCAUACAGCACAAUACGCACCCAGCACGCAUUGAAGACAUCUGAGGAUUUUUAUUUAAUUUUUCAUUCGUUCAUACAAAUUUUGAGUGACUGGAUUGUAUUUUUUAUAAUUCGAUUGUUUUUCUUUAUGAAGUAUUGUGAACUUGUUGAUGCCAGUUGCAUAUAUUGUAUAUUGCGAAUCGAAUCAUUUUUAAAGUGGGUAUUUUUUUGAAUAAUUGCUCGGUAUCGGCUGCCAUAAUUGACUCUGUGCGGUAUUUGUUCUAAAAAUACCGAUUAACCAUUCUGUGAUAUUCACUACACUUAAGAAACGAUAAGAAGAAGUGUGAAGAAGCUAAAUCAUUGUACCGAACUGAAAACAUGUCCACGAAUCCUCAGUGGAAAUCCUUCCAGCCGCCUCCCGACACAAAUCAAGACAGCAGCAUUUUAGAUUUCAAGCCUAUGACUAGUAACGCAAACAAGCCUUCUCAAUCAUACAGUUUCAAUCGAUCAACUUCAAGUUCUCGUUUUGGUGAUUUUCCGUUGCUGCAAGACAAGUCUUCACCUUACAACAACGGCCUGUACGGCUCCUCAAGCACGACACACGCAUCACCACGUUUUCCCAUCGGAACAUUUUCCAUCGACACAAACAAUGUUUACAACAGCAGUGGCGACAAUUCAAUGAACAACAGCAGUAGUAUGUAUUCGAAUGGAAACAGCAGCAGCAGCGUCAGCUAUAACAAUGACUCUUCCAAUUCCUCAAAUUUGGGUACCAGAGAGACUGGGAUCAUAGAGAAACUUCUGCACUCUUAUGGAUUCAUCCAGUGUUGUGAGCGUCAAGCACGUUUAUUUUUUCACUUCAGUCAGUUUAGCGGUACUAUUGAGCACUUGAAAAUUGGAGAUCCUGUUGAAUUUGAAAUGACAUAUGACAGACGAACUGGUAAACCCAUAGCCAGUGCAGUUACCAAAAUUGCUCCAGAGGUAGUAAUGAGUGAAGAACGUGUAACGGGAACAGUAACUACGGAAGUCAGAGUAUCUGAAACUUCAGGUGGAGAUAUAACUGGAAGAAUCAGCUACGAAAAUCGAGGAGAAUGUUUCUUUCUGCCUUACACAAAAGAUGAUGUUGAAGGAAAUGUCACAUUGAGAUCUGGUGAUAAAGUUAGUUUCCAAAUCGCGACAAAUAACCGGUAUAAAAUUUUUAGUGGCAAUCUUGGUGCAUGCCAUGUACGUCUGGAAAAUCCAGCCCAUCCGGUGAAGUACCAAGGUGUUGUUUGUUCAAUGAAAGAAAGCUUUGGGUUUAUUGAGAGAGCUGAUAUUGUGAAAGAAAUAUUCUUUCACUUCUCAGAAACCAAAACCACAGAAGAAUUGAAAUUGGGAACUGAUGUGGAAUAUAUCAUCCAAACACGCAACGGAAAGGAAGUGGCAUGUAACAUCAUUCGUCUACCAACUGGUACAGUAAUAUUCGAAGAUGUGAAGCCCGAAAUCAUCAAAGGCCAAGUUUUGAAACCUAUUGACCGGGGUCCUCGCAAUCCCAAUGAAGCCCUUCCGGGUCGUAUAAGAUUUAGAGCACCUGAUCAUGCAGAAGUAGAAAUUUCAUUCAGCGAAAAAGACCAAUCGGGUGAUUUCACUUUACGCCACGGUGACUGGGUACAGUUCCAGGUUGCCACAGACAGAAGAGAUGGUUUAGAUAGAGCCACUAACAUUAUCUUAUUAGAUGAGAGUUUCAAGGUAUCUGGCGAGAAACGAGAGCAAGGAGUUGUUGUAUCUAUUAAGGAAGGUUUUGGUUUUUUGAAAUGUGUCGAGCGGGAGGCUAGGUUGUUUUUCCAUUUCAGCGAAGUUCUCGAUGCUGACCGAAGCAAAAUAGUUCAAGCAGGUGACGAAUUUGAGUUCACUGUAGUCCAGGAUCAAACAAGUUCAAGCUUGUAUUCGAAUAAUCGACAAAGUGCCAUUAGAAUGAAAUGGUUACCGCCUGGUACUGUACAAUUUGAAAUUAGAAUAGAGAAUGAUCUUACGGGUAUUGUAACAAAUGAUAUUCCUCUGAGUAACUGGAACAAUCGUAGUCCUAUCAAAAAUCAGAACGGAGUCAGUGCUGAGGCUGCAGUUGAGUCCGGACUCAUUACCUAUAAUGUUGAUGGCGAAAAGAAGACAAUUCCCUUCUACUCCAAAGAUUGUAAUUUGAAACAUUUUCCAAGAACAGGAGAUAAGGUUCGUUUCAGUAUAAAUCAAGUUAAACGAAACAAGGAACUGAUAGCAACAGAUAUAGAAAUAAUACAGCCAGCUACACAGGCAAAUGGGAUGAAACAUGCAGUCUCUAGACACAACGGACAAGUUUAUCAAGGUUUUAUUGCAGCUCUGAAAGAUGGGUUUGGGUUCAUUGAGACCAUUCAGCAUGAUAAAGAAGUUUUUUUUCAUUUCAGCAAUUUUGAUGGUGAAGCCCCUACUUUGGAACUGGGUCAAGAAGUUGAAUACAAUCUGGGGACUAGAGGUAAUUCUGGGUCUUGCUCUUCUGCAGAAAAUGUCAAAAUUGUACCAAAGGGAACCAUUUCUCUACCUCCGUUCAGUGGAGAAAUUCUAGAAGGAACAAUUGUUAGACCGUUAAGAUCAGUUAAUCCUGACCAGACUGAGUAUUCUGGACUAAUCAGAAUCAAAAGCGAUGAUCCAAAUGAAAAACCGAUGGAGUAUGAAUUUGGUAUCAUGGGUCUCGUCAAUAAAAGAGAACUGCUUCAAGUGGGAGACCAUGUUCAAUUUCAAGUAGAUUCCACAGGUAGGGCUGCCAACAUUGUGGCGGUGAGAAAAAAGUUGAGGGCCACUGUGGAUGCUAUCAAAGGUCACUUUGGAUUUUUGGCGUAUGAAGUUGAAGAAGGCAAAAAGCUAUUCUUCCAUAUGACUGAAGUUAAAGACAACGCAGGUCUUCAAGUAGGAGACACUGUGGAAUUUGUGCUUGUGACGAAUCAUAGAAGUGGCAAGUCAUCGGCUUGUAAUGUUGUCAAAGUGAGUGAUGUACAAGCUAGACCAGAAAGACUAAUAAGUAGACUGCGCACCAUAUCGGUAGACGAUACUGGGCCAAAGUUGACGUUGAUGCGUCAACCAAAAGGACCAGACGGCUCGAAGGGAUUCUCAUCUGAUGCACGUACUCUUCGUAUACCAGGUGCCGUGCCCGAAUAAUUUUAAUGUUCAACAUUAAGUCAUUUUCAUUCAUGUCAUUUACAAAACUGUAGCAACUAACUUACUCUCUUGUUAGCAAUGGAGUUGGAAUUAUAUACUGUAUUUUAUAAA